AUGAUAGGUGGUAAGUAUUUAAAUAUAAAAAUUUUUGGAGAGAAACGUAAUUCAUUAGGUAGCAAUAAAACUUCAGAUAAUACGAUAAAUAAUAAUAAUGUAAAUUAUAUAAAAAGGAAAAAAAAUAAUAAUAAGAAAGAUCAAGAAAAAAAAUAUAAUGAUAAUAAUUAUGAAGAAGAAUAUAUAAAGAAAAGAAAAUCAAAACCAGGAUCAUUAUAUAAUAAUAUAGACAAAAGUAAAAUUUAUCGAGAUAAAAAAAUUAUACAUGAAGGAUGGUUAAAUAAAUGGACUAAUAUUAUUGGAAGUUAUAGACCUAGAUAUUUUAUUUUAGAAAAUGGAUUAUUAAGAUAUUCACUUGAUAAAUAUUCUCCUACGAAAGAGUCUUUUGUAUUAACACAUUGUAAAAUUAAAGUAUGUCCAGAUGAUCAAUUACAUUUUGAAAUCGAUACAAACGAACAAGGUGUGUUAUAUUUAAAAGCAAACUCACCAGAAGAUAAACAUAAAUGGUAUAUCUCUUUUAAAAAAGCACAACUAAAUUAUAUUAAUGGUAAUAAUUAUAAAAACAAAAAUGGACAUCAUAAUAUACCUGAUGCAGUACAAACAUUUAAUAUGUCUAAUAAUUCUUUAUUUUUAAAAAAUAUUAUUAAAAAUUCAUCCAAAUGUAUUAAAAGGGAAGAUCAACAUUUGGAUGAUCCUAUAAAGAACACUAACAAUCAAACAAAAAAGGAGUUGUCUAAUAAUAAUAAAGAAAUAAUAGAAAAAGAAAAAAACGUUGAUUGUAUUAUAGUUAAUAAAAUUCAGGAAAAUGUAAAAGGGGACGAAUCUAAUAAUAUUGUAAAAAAUGUGAUAUACGAAAGGGAUGAUAAAGAUGUGCCAUAUGAAAGAAAAGAUAUAUGUAUGUCACAUGAUAAAAAUUAUAGAAGUCCUUUAUAUAUUGACAAUGAUAAUAUGUCAUCAUAUAGUAAGAUAAAUAAAAAUGCAAAUAUUAAAUAUAAAUCAAAUGAAUAUAUUUUUUAUAAAGAUGAUAAUGUUGAAAAAUUAUCAUCAUCAUCAUCAUCCACCUUGGAUACAUCUGAAUUUAUUGAAAAAAUGAAUAGUUAUAAUAAAAAAUAUAAUCUAGAAGAUAUGUUUAUUAGUUCAACAGAUUUUGAAGAUAAAAGUCCAACCUUAUGUUUAAUGAAGAAUAUAAUAUCUCUCAAGGAAAUGACAACGGAUGUUUUAAAGGGUUCUGAGUAUUAUCAAGCCAGAUCUAUAUUAAAUAAAAAAUUAAAAAAUAAUAUUAAAAAGGGUGUUAAUAGUAAUAUUAUUGUUGAUGUUAAUAAUAAUAUUAUUGUUGAUGUUAAUAAUAACAUUAUUGGUGAUGUUAAUAAUAAUAUUAUUGUUGAUGUUAAUAAUAACAUUAUUGGUGAUGUUAAUAACAACAUUAUUGGUGAUGUUAAUAACAACAUGAUUGGUGAUGUUAAUAAUAAUAUUAUUGUUGAUGUUAAUAACAACAUGAUUGGUGAUGUUAAUAACAACAUGAUUGGUGAUGUUAAUAACAACAUGAUUGGUGAUGCUAAUGAUUAUGUUAAUAACAAUUUUAGUAAUGGUAAUAAUUUACAAAUAAAAAGUGAUGAAUUACUUUCCUUAUUAUCACAACUAUACUUUUCCAUACAAUAUGCUCAUAUUAUUAUAGAGAAAUAUAUACAAUGUACCGAAUUAUUAUUAAAGGAAGAAUCCAUACAUUCUAAAUAUAUGAAUCAGUCUUUAAAACUUUUAGCCAAACAAAAUUAUUAUCUUGAAAAAUCCCAAGAAAUUAAUAAUCUUACUCAUAUGGAAGAAGAAAUAAAAGAUAAAUUAAAACACUUUCAACUUUAUCAAUGUGCUACUUUAAGUGAAGAGGACGAAGAAGAAGAAGAUAAAGAAAUGUAUAAUUCAUCAAAACAAAUAAAACAGAAAAAACAACAGCAAGAGGAUUUAUUUUAUGAUUGUGAUGAAUUUAUUUAUGAUAAAAAUAUAUUAUCAAAUGACGUUUUUGAAGACGAAUCCAAAAACUCUAUCAGCUUAUAUAGUAGUGAGGGAGAUAAGAAUGAAAACUCAGAUAAAAUAAAAAAGGUGCAUAAUACAAAUAACAUACCAGAUCAAAAUCGUACCUAUAAUAAUGAACACAUGUUAACAACACAUAGUACUAUUAAUAAUAAAAAUGAAAAGAUGAAUGCUCAUAUAGAUGAACAUUAUUAUAAUUAUAUUAAUAAUGAUCAGGAAAAUGAAAAAACUUUUUCACAUCAAACAUCAGAGCAAAGAAGUUUAAAUAUAAAAACAAAAUCUAGUGAUCAUGAUGAUAAUAUAACUACCAUUCAAGAGGAUUGUACAACAGAUGUUUUUCUGAAAACAAUUUUGAAUAAUAAAAAUAUUAAUGAAACAAAAAGGAAUACGGUGAGUACAGAGGAUGAUAUUGCUCUUGGCGAUGUGAGGGACGGUUUAAUAACAUGCGAUGUUUAUAAAAAGGAUCAUUUUGUGUGUGAUGACAGUGUGGAGGAUAAGGAUAUAAUACGCAAACGAAUGGGGAUUGAAGAUGAUCAUGGCAAUAAUGAAGAUGUUCAUGGCAAUAAUGAAGAUGUUCAUGGCAAUAAUGAAGAUGUUCAUGGCAAUAAUGAAGAUGUUCAUGGCAAUAAUAAAGAUGUUCAUAACAAUAAUAAAGAUGAUCAUAACAAUAAUGAUAAUAUUUGUGUAAAGGACACGAGUAAGAAUAAAACAAUAUAUAGAGAUAAUCACAAAUGUGAUAUAUGCCCUUGUGAUAAUCAUUUAUAUGACAAAAACAAUUUAGAUAAUCAUUUGAAAAGUAUUAAUUUUUCACUUAUCCCUUCGUGUAAUUCUAAAAAUAUAAAAGCAUUAAAUUUUAAAGAUAUCGAAAUAUAUACUGAUAAAAGUAUUAAGAGAAGAAAAAAACUACCGAGCCCUAGAACAGAAAUAAAAAUUAGUAUGUGGUCUCUUUUAAAAGAUUGCAUAGGAAAGGAUUUAUCGCGUAUAGGUAUGCCCAUAUAUUUAAAUGAGCCUUCUUCAUUUCUUCAAAGAUUAGCUGAAGAUUUUCAAUAUAUAUAUUUAUUAAAAUAUGCGUCAAAUGAAAAAGAAAGCACAAGUCGAUUAGCUUUUGUAACAGCAUUUACUAUAUCACCAUACGCUUCAGUCAUAGGAAGAACGUAUAAACCAUUUAAUCCUUUACUUGGGGAAACAUAUGAAUUGACACAUAGAAAGUUUCGUUUUAUAUCAGAGCAGGUGGUUCAUCACCCUCCUAUAACAGCAUAUCAUUGUCAUAAUGAAUAUAUGGAAAAUUAUGCAAGUAUUAUGGCUAAUGUUCAUAUAUUGGGAAAAUCCGUUGAGGUCACGAUGCCUGGAUCAAGUCAUCUGAUCCUUAAGUACAAGAAAACAAUGAUGUCUCAAAAUAAUUUGGAAAAAAAAAUAAAUAAUUAUAUUCAUAAUAAUAUUCAUAAUAAUAUUCAUAAUAAUAAGGUGAAGGAGGGAAAUACAGAAUCAAACAUGAUUAAUAAUUAUAAUUUUUGUGGAAAAAAGAAACAUACACAUGAUACAUAUAUACACACAGAUGGAAUGUCUAAUGAUAUAAAUUCAAAAAAUGAUACAAGCGAACAAAUUCAAAAUGAAUUAUUAAAUGAUAAUAUGCAAAGUGAGGAGAACGGAAAUAAUUGUAUGCCCCCUAUAAGGAAAGAAUUUUAUAAGGACAGAGGAACAUGUAAGAACACAAAAGAUGGUGAUAAUAAUGAUGGUCAUAAUAAUGAUGAUAAUAAUGAUGAUGAUAAUAAUGAUGAUGAUAAUAAUGAUGAUGAUAAUAAUGAUGGUCAUAAUAAUGAUGAUAAUAAUGAUGAUGAUAAUGAUGGUCAUAAUAAUGGUCAUAAUAAUUGUCAUAAUAAUGGUCAUAAUAAUGAUGACCAUUUAUUAUAUGAUCAAGAACACUACACAUAUGAAAGAGCAAAUAUGAUUAUCCACAAUGUAAUAUUUGGAAAGCUAUGGGUUGAACUCCACGGGAAUAUAAUAAUACGUAAUCAUAAUAAUGGAGACUUUUCAAUCGUUAAAUAUAUAAGAAAAGGAUGGUUUGAAAAAGAAAUUCAUAAUGUUAGAGGUGUAGUUUGUGAUAGGUAUAAAAACAUAAUUUUUUUUAUUUAUGGGAAAUGGUCACAAGAAAUAUAUAUUGCAUAUGUAAAAGAUAUGAAGAAAUUAGAAUAUGAUAAUUAUUUUUUUAAUGAAGAUGGUAGUGAAAAUAUUUAUCAUUAUAAUAAAAAUACAUUGAAUGAAUUUAUUAAUACUAUUGAUUGGCAACUAUAUGAAAAUAAUAUAGAAAAUUUAAAUUCUAUAUGUGUAUGGAAAGCACAUAAAAGACCUCACAACUCAGAACAAUAUUAUGGUUUCAAUUAUAUGACUGUUGAAUUAAACGAAAUAACAAAAGAAUAUGAUAAAGAUAAAGGAGCAGCUAUCGCCUGUACAGAUAGUAGAUUUAGACCAGAUCAAAGAUACUAUGAAAAUGGUAAUAUAGAGGUUGCUAUGAAUGAAAAACAAAGAUUAGAAAAUAAACAAAGACAAAACGCAAAAAAAUUUAAUAAUACAAAUAAAUAUGAACCUAAAUGGUUUUACAAACAUAAAGAUCCUAUAUUUAAUGAUAGAGAUAUCUAUUUGUUUAAUAAUAAAUAUUGGAUAACCAAAGAUAAAAAUCAAUUCUCCGACACACCCGAUAUAUUUUAA